CGGGAUAAAGGUUUCCAUGGCAAGCAGGGGCGUUUUGUGGUAGCAAGUUAGAAAGCACCGCUCCUGACGUCAUCCAAGUGUCAGCAGACAGCUGGAAUAAACAUGAAAGUUUAGGCUUUUCCGCCAGCGUUUUUAUUUCAAAUCGUUUUAGCAUCUUGGUGUUUUUGAAAACAGUAAAGAAUGGAACAGCCAGCGCCCAAAAGCAAGUUGAAAAAGCUGAGUGAAGACAGCUUAACGAAGCAGCCAGAAGAAGUAUUUGAUGUUCUAGAAAAGCUGGGUGAAGGAUCCUAUGGCAGUGUUUACAAAGCAAUACAUAAGGAAUCUGGUCAAGUGGUUGCAAUCAAACAAGUGCCUGUUGAAUCAGAUCUUCAAGAAAUUAUAAAAGAAAUUUCAAUAAUGCAGCAGUGUGACAGUCCGUAUGUAGUAAAGUACUAUGGCAGCUAUUUCAAGAAUACUGACCUGUGGAUUGUUAUGGAGUACUGUGGAGCAGGUUCUGUAUCUGACAUUAUCAGACUGAGAAAUAAAACGCUUACAGAAGAUGAGAUAGCAACCAUUCUGAAGUCAACACUUAAAGGACUAGAGUAUCUUCAUUUUAUGAGGAAAAUUCACAGAGACAUCAAAGCUGGAAAUAUUCUUCUGAAUACAGAGGGACAUGCAAAACUAGCUGACUUUGGUGUUGCUGGGCAGCUAACAGACACAAUGGCUAAACGUAAUACUGUCAUUGGCACCCCAUUCUGGAUGGCACCAGAAGUUAUUCAAGAAAUUGGUUAUAACUGCGUGGCCGACAUCUGGUCGUUAGGCAUUACUUCAAUAGAAAUGGCUGAAGGCAAGCCACCGUAUGCUGAUAUUCAUCCAAUGAGGGCUAUUUUUAUGAUUCCCACAAACCCACCUCCUACAUUCAGGAAGCCGGAGCUGUGGUCUGACGAGUUCACUGAUUUUGUAAAGAAAUGUCUAGUGAAGAACCCAGAGCAGAGAGCUACUGCAACUCAGCUUUUACAGCAUCAGUUUAUUAAGAAUGCUAAGCCUGUGUCCAUUCUACGGGAUCUAAUAACAGAAGCCAUGGAGAUCAAGACCAAAAGACACCUGGAGCAACAGAGGGAAUUAGAAGAGGAGGAGGACAAUUCGGAUGAAGAGAUUGAAGUAGAUUCCCACACCAUGGUAAAAACCAGCUCAGAAAGCGCAGGCACAAUGAGGGCUACCAGUACGAUGAGUGAUGGGGCCCAGACAAUGAUCGAACACAACAGCACCAUGCUAGAGUCCGACCUGGGGACGAUGGUCAUUAACAGUGAUGAGGAGGAGGAGGAUGAGGAGGAGGAGGAUGGCACCAUGAAAAGAAAUGCUACUUCACAACAAGCACAACGACCUUCCUUCAUGGAUUACUUUGACAAGCAGGAUUCGAAGAAUAAAGCUCAUGAAAACUUCAAUCAAAACAAGCCGGAGCCUUACCAUAUAGCAAAGAAUAUCUUCCCGGAUAAUUGGAAGGUUCCACAGGAUGGUGACUUUGACUUUUUGAAGAACCUGAGUUUUGAAGAGCUACAGAUGAGACUAACCGCCCUGGACCCCAUGAUGGAGCGUGAGAUCGAGGAGCUGCGCCAGCGAUACACAGCAAAGCGACAGCCCAUCCUGGAUGCCAUGGACACCAAGAAGCGCAGGCAGCAGAAUUUCUAAAGGAUGCCCCGGACAUUCCUACAGACUGCAAAUGCAGAAUGUAUACUGGCUACCUUAAAACACAGAUCAUUUGUAUUAAAGGGCGCCACUAAAGCAGCUGUUUCUAUCUCCAACCAUCUUAAUUAUCCACACUAUACGGACAGUAGAAAAUGUUAAGUUGUUCUUAAAAUGCAUUUAAAUGAAGGUUUGAAAAAGAUACAAGAUUCUGGGCAUUCUUAUUCUUUUUUUUUUUUUUGGUUAGUUACUGUUGACCAUCUUUCAAUCUUUUUAGUAACGCAUUGCGGAACAAUGGGAUUCCUAGAGACACACGGAAGUACAAGCCAAAGACAUUUGUCUAGGAAACCUAUUGCACAAGCAACAGGAACAGCAGAUUAAGAUUGGGUGCCUUUUUUAGACUUUUUAGUCUCUUUGUUUUUGUGUACUGCUUUAUCUGGUUGGCACUGCAGCACUCCUCCAUUCAGGUAACAAACACUGGGGAAAAAGGCCAGACUGUGGAAUGUUAGCUUAAAAGGGUAAUAACCAAGGCUUCUGUAUAAAUAAUAAACUUCUAAUAAUAUCUUUCAUUCACACAACAACUUUUUGGUAUUAAACUUUUCUUGCCGAAUUGCAGUAUGGAGCAAAACAUUGAUGACAUUGUUGACAGUGUACAUAUUGAAUCCAGCAGGUGUGGGAGUCUUGAGUGAUGACAGAAGCAUCAGGAAUUAACACCCACUUCAGUUGCUGAAUCUCAAAAUGUAUACCAGUAGAGGAAAAAGCUUGUGAAUUCAGGCUCUGCUUGUAGACUGUUGGCAACAAUGCCAUAACGUUGCUUUUUAUUUAAAAUUUGAAUGCUGGUUAAAUUGAUUGCAGAGCAAUUCCCAUGGCCACUCCCACUUUCCAAUUCCAAUGCACAGUACAUCAGUCGAGGUUCAUCCUGAAUUGUAUUGCAUCCAUGAAGUAAAGGUAUUUGGACCUGCCUUUGCUUUUGAAGUUGUAAAUAAGUGAAAUCUGUGCUUGCUUUUAAUUGUUACAGCUAGUUAGUCUAAUCUGACUGCUGUACUGCAGGUAUAGGUUUUUCUUUCAUUCCUAAAACCUGUGACUAAACCAACUGGUUUCGUUUCAUUUAGUGCCCUUAUAAAUUCAGCUGCUGUCAAGCUCUGAAUAAUAUUUAUUUUAAAUGUUUUUGCUGUGACUGUGGAACUGUUGCUCUUCAAUUGGUUAUUAUAUCCCAUCAGGUUAGCCGCUAGUUUCUAUAUCUAAAGUGAAAAGUUAAAUCUGAAUCAAUUAGUUUAGCUCCAAGAUAAUUAGGGAUAUAGCUAACCUGGGGAGCAGAAUAAAAUGAGAGGGCACUGGCCACAAUGUUGUUAAGUGGAUGAGAGUUAAGAAUGCUUUUCAAGCCUUUAUUACCCCUUUUAAAAAAACAAGUGGGGCAACAAUAAUGUGUAAUGGAUUUAGAAAUAGGAUAAUUAGCUCCUUACAGGGACCAAUUGGUAUGUUGAACAUGCAGUCACAGUAGCUUUAAGUUUAUUUCUGUAAUUAAUGUAUGUUUCCUAUGUGUUGUCUGUUAAAUAAAUUGUUCUUUUAAAA